AUCAUUCUGCCUUGAAUUAAUUAAAGAAAAAAAAAAAAAACGGCUCUCGGACGGGAGCCGGCUCUUAUCGUUCACUUAAAAGAGCCGGCUAAAAGAACCGACUCGUUCUUGACCUACACAUCACUAAUGGUUGGCAUAGAGACGAACAUUAGACCUCAAAAACCUGGAUGUUUAAUUUAACGAGGACAUGUGAAUGAUUCAUUAUCCUCUCCUCGCUGUUUUAGUUCUAAUAAUCCAAGUGUUUACUGUAAGAUACUAACUACCUAGUAACAGUAUUAGCCUGCUUUAAGUGUAGCUAACCAGCUAGCUUAGCUUAGCUUCGUUAGCUUAGCUUAGCUUCGUUAGCUUCGUUAGCUUAGCUUAGCUUCGUUAGCUUCGUUAGCUCAGUUAAAGUCAUGAACUCUCUGGUCGGGUACGGAUUGUCCUCUGAGUCUGACAGCGAUGGAGAUGGAGAGGAUGUAAACAACGGUGCAGCUGGGUCUGUUGUCAAGGAGAUGGCUGAUGAUGAGGCACCAGCUGUCAAAAAGACCCGCAACUUCUUGCUGGAGUCUGGUUCCAGUGAGUCAGAACCAGAGGAAGAGGACCCAAAGCCCUCUUCAUCACCACCACCACCACAUCAUCAUCAUCCUCAAAAACCUUCUGCACCCUACCUGCCUGCUCCUUCCCUGCUGCUCACCUCCUCCAAUAAACUACCUCCUCCAUCUCUGCUCACCUGUUCAGACAGCAGUGUGUUUGCCAACCCUUUCAAGGCCCAGGCGGACCAGAAGCUCAGUGCCCUGCAGAAACACGUCCCCUUAACCAUGCAGGCCAAACCCUCCCAGAUAGGAGGUAAAAGGAUGUGUGUGUCGUACAGGAAAGAUGGAAGGUGCAGGUUUGGGAUCAAAUGCAAGUUUGCACACGACAGUGACCUCCAGACUGACUCUCAUCCACCUGGGAGUGAAGAAACACCUGGGUCGGAUCAAGCCGAGUCCCAUAAAGGUGGAGGAUCCCAGAGCCUCCAGCAGGAGACUAAAGAGGAAGAGUCAGGAGGGCAGCAAGCGAAGAAGAGGAAGGUUGGACUGAGCAACACCUUGAUUCCUCCUAAGCGAGCUAUGAAGCAGUACGCCAUGCAGAGGGACAGAGAGCAGAUCAAUAUGUCCUGAUGGAUGUUUUUUUCUGAGCUGUUACACAAAAAGCAAUAGUACUGGGAUGAAAUAUGUUCUCUCAGUGUUUGUAUAUGUUGUAGAAAUUGUGCACUACCUAUUGUAGGACCAGUUAAUGACUCAGGCAUACAGUUAUGUUACAUCUAGCAGACACUUAUGUCCAAAACAACUUACAUUUGUAUUCCCCACAGUCACACUAUUGAGAGCAAUUUGUGGUUCUUGCUUCAGCACAUUUUGACAUGUGGACAGACGGAGCUGGGGAUUGAACCACCAACCUUACUAUUAAUAGUUGACCCCUCAAACCAAAUAAACUACGGCCCAAUCCCAAUGUCCCCCCCCUAAGGCCUUAAGCCCUGAACCCUCAGGGACUUAACUGAGAUCACCUGGUAAAUGGUUGAGUGUGAGAGGAUGCAAAGGUUUGAAAUGGUAUAAAU